CAUUGAUCCCCUCUACAUCGCAUAGAGCACGGUCCUGCAAUGGAAUCGAGCGGUCUGAGGAAGAGAGUAGCCGAUAUGAUGGAUGGGGGCAAGUACAAGCCAAAAGGCUAUGGGAUGGCCGGCGCCGGCCAGAGGCUCCCAUGUGCGCUGCUUCUGCUGCUGGUUCUCGCCGGCACCGCGUUGAGCGUUGUCGUCAUGCACAAGGUCAGGGAGCAGCGCACCUUUGCUGUGGUUCUCAAGGAACGGGACGUGCAGGCCGUCUCCCUCCGGAUCCAACUCCAGAAAGAGAAGGCAUAUGGCAAAGAGACGAAGAGGAAGGCGGAAGAAAUGAAGGCCACAAUGUCUUCCCUGAGAACACAGAAGACAGACCUGAAAACAAAGCUCAAGACGCUGGAAGCCACAGCCACAAUCCUCAAGAACGCGCAGAAAGAACUCGAAGCAUCUCUCAAGGAGAGAGAGAGCCGCAUCAGCCAAAUGGAAGGGAAAGCCGCAAAUCUUCACAGCACCCGGAAAGCACUAGAAGCAUCUCUCAAGGAACGAGAAAACCGCAUCAAGCAAAUGCAAGAUAAAGUCACGAGUCUUGAGAAAACUCAGAAGGAACAGGAGCUGUCUCUAAAGGCGAGAGACAGCCGCAUCAGCCAACUGGAAGAGAAAACCGCCGCAGCGUCAAAUCCUGACCAGAUGGCAGCUCUAAUGGAAAUCCUGCAGCGGAAGGAAGCCGAGCUCGAGGAGAUCAAGACCAGGUUCCAGGACUACAGGACUACAGACAGAAAGGUCGUAGGUAGUAAGAGCACUCCGGCACGAACAAACCCAACGACACCUGCCGUUGUAGUAGCAGGAAAGGUUACAAACUCCAGCAGGAAUAGUACUAUACCUGCUAGAUCAGAAGAGAAGAGAGCUGGCAACACCACAGUGACAGAAAGCAAAAUUCAGAAACCGAAGACAAGAUCUUUAGAAGAAAAGCAAGUGAAGCUCGCAGUCAGAGGCAGCACACGAGUUGAUGAAUUGCAGGAGCAAGAUACUGAUUUCUUAGAUAUGGAUGAUAUUUAUGGAGACAGCCAUGCCAAGAAGUCUGAACUUGCUCGGCGGAACAAGAAGGUUUUGCCCGACAGUCAUGUUGAAAACCAAAAAUCAGGGCACCCCCUGGACCAGCAGGACAGCCACCAUGUCAGAUAUAACAAGCUACUUGAGAAGGAAAACAUCAAACCGGAUGAAACCAAGAAGAAGAACAGUACUGUUGGGCCCUUGGAAAAGAUCUCCAAAGAUGAAACCAAGACGAAGAACAGUGCUGUUGGGCACUUGGAAAAGAUCUCCAAAGAUGAAACCAAGAAGAAGAACAGUACUGUUGGGCACUUGGAAAAGAUCUCCAAAGAUGAAACCAAGAAGAAGAACAGUACUGUUGGGCACUUGGAAAAGAUCUCCAAAGACAGCUUAAGCGACGUCAACCUAGACAGACCGAGACAAGGGGUGGCUGCUGCUGCUGAUGUGAAGCCCAAGGUGCCUGUAAAUGAUGAUUUGCAGCAAAACAAGAAGCAGAAGAACAAAAAGCCCAAAUCCAAGAAGAAGGUGGUCGAUACUUCAACUUGGUGAUGGAUUAGUUACAAAAGGAAGGUAAGUAGAGACCACAUUGUUUUGAACCUAAAAUGGUUACUGUGAUAAUAGAGGACCAGAACAGAAGAAAUGCCAUUUCCAUAUGUCGAAAUACAAUCGAGAAAUGAAGGCUGUAAUGUUUCCGAGCAAUUGAUACUGUAAUAUUUUUACACUUUGUCUUGUGUUGACAAAGCAAUUUUGCACACGGUA